AUGGAGAAGAGAGGUGAUUUUUAUGAUGUGAUUAAUAAUGGUGAUUUAGAAAAUAUUGAAGAUGGAACAAUGUUUAAAAAAGUGAUACCAGAUAAAAUAGUUAAUGGAGUAGUUGAAGAGUUAGCUAACUGGUCAAUAGAAAUAAUUGAAAAUGAUGUUGAAGUUAUGAUUGAAAAUGAGUAUAGAAAAGUGUAUCAAUGGAUAUCUCUAGUAGGUUUACAUAACAACAGGCUAAUAAGAACAUCAGCAAUUGUUGGUGUAAAGAAUCCAUUUUUAAUUAAAACUAGAAAUUGUUUCUACAAAUUAUUAGAAAGAAAUCCAUUAGAUAAUUCAAAUUUGUUAAAAGAUGGAUUUGUGGAUAAAUGGGAAGUCGAGAUUUAUAAUUUCAUAAGUGCUAAAGAAAUUAUAAAAUUAAAUGAUGAAUCAAAAUUGAAUAUUAUUAGGAUAAAUGAACCAAAUAAAACAGUUAAUUUGGACCAAAUGUUGAAUGAAAGUCGUAAAACAGAGGAAUUAAAUGAAUCUGCUAAACGAGAUAGUGUUACAAAUAAAUCAAAUAAAGCUUUACUUAUAAAGAAUAUGAUGAAAGAAAUUAAAGAGGUAAUCAAUGUGUCAAAAAACGAUCUGAUUGAGAAAACGGUAAAAGAAAAUAGUCCUAAAAAGAUGAAGAAAACUAACAAAGUUGAUAUUUUAUCAAUAUUUGGUAACACCUCUUCUAAAAAUCCUAAAAUGAAAGUAAAACCAGUUAAAACAAAGAAAUUAUUUUCUACAAGGUUGAUAAAAGAUUUACCUGAUAAAUCGGUCAAGUCAAAAGAAGAAAACACAAUACAAGAAAAUUUUAUAAAAAAUGAAGAAGAUAAAGACUUAAGAAAUUUAAAAGAUAAAAACGAAGCUUUAAACGUUUCACUACUAAAAGAUAAUGUUAAUGAAGUAAAAUUAGAAGAAAUUUCAAAUAAAAGUAUAAACAGUCAAAAUAAGGAAGAUGAAAAAAUUGUAGUUAAUAAUAAUUUGAUAGAUUUAAACUCUAAUAAUGAAUUAGUUAUAAGUGAAAAAAUUCAAACAUCUAAUGAAAAUCUCAUAGUGAAUGAGUCUAAAGAAACCAAUAAUCAAACUAACAAAGAAGAACUAUUAGGUGAUAUUAUAGAUGGAAAUAAUAAUAGCAUAGGUUUGAUUAAUAAUGAAAUUGAAAUUAUAGAAGAUGAUAUAGAAAAGAUACAAAAAGACCUCAAAAGUGAUGUUGUAGAGGAAAAUAAUGUAAAUGAAUCUUUGAAAAAUGACUCUUUGUUUAUUUUAUCUAAAAAUAUUCAAAAAAAGAAGAAAGCUAAUGAAGAAGAAGAAUUCUUAAAUAUAGGAUUUAGAAGAAGAUCAGUUAUUCAAAACGAUGAAAAUAAAGAAUUAAGUAAUUCUGAAGAAAAUAAAGAAACAUGUAAAUGUUGCAUAGAAAGAGACACUUCAAUACCUCCAAUAAUGAAGAAAAGAGACUCAUUAACCUUUAAAGGAUUAAAUCAGACAAUUUCUAUUGAAAUAAAACCUAAAAAGGGAAUUAAAAAGAAUAAAACACAAAAAUUGUUGAUUUAUAAAAAUAAAAAGAAAUAA